AUGUACAGUCAGACAGCUUUGUUUUUUUCCAAGAGGCAAAGCUAUAUUUCGCUCGAGAACUCCGAAGACGAAGAGCUCAAAAUUGGAAACUCUCCUCAGUCGCGAGGCGACAAGCAAACAACUGUUGAGAUCAAUCUCAGCGGAAUUAUAGCUAUUGUCUUUCUACUUACUCUUUCCAUCAUUUCCGUUUGGGCUUUGUUUAUUCAGAACAUCAUUAACUGGAGUGCCGUUCCCACACCAUCUAUCACUUUCUCUGCAACAUGUGUAUCUCCACCUAUUCGCCGAGAAUGGCGAAUACUCAGCACAAGCGCGAGAGAGCGAUAUAUUGAUGCUGUUCAGUGCCUAACUACAAAGCCUUUCAGGGUUCGCAAUAAUGGCUCUCUGUACGAUGACUUCCCAUGCAUCCAUCAGCAAACUGCUCCAACUGCACAUUCUGCGGCUACUUUCCUCGCGUGGCACAGAUAUUUUAUUCAUGUGUAUGAAGAUGCGUUGAGAAAUGAGUGUAGCUACAAAGGAGACUUACCCUGUGUAAUGGAUGGUCCAUUUGCUGGUCUUGAGGCAAUGUUCUAUGGCGGGGAUUAUAAGCCUCACUGUCUCUCUCCAGGUUUCUCAACUGGUGAAUCAUUGCAAGAACUAAGCGAAUUGAUCAGACCAGAUGUUGUGGAUGAAAUCAUGCAGGAAAAAGAAUUCAAGAAUUUUGCGGAACGCUUGGAGAAGAAUGCCCAUCAAUUUGUUUCGGGAAGUAUUCGUGGCGACUUCUCGAAGUUUACGGGACCAUAUGACCCUGUCUUCUUCCUGCACCAUGCAAAUCUUGAUAGAUUAUGGUGGGGAUGGCAACAACAAGAACCAGAGAACAGACUUUUUGCAUACGACGGUAAAACUCCCAGGGUAGCAACUUCUCCCACCGUGCAGCUUGCAGACAUGUUGAGCGUUGAAGAGCUGAAGCGUCAAAUCUCUGUGAGAGAGGUCAUGCCGACUAACAGUGGAAUUUUCUGCUACCAGUAUUAA